AUGGGCUCAUUACAGAACAAAGAUGUCGGUCUCGGCCAAGACUUCACGAAGCAGGUCAUUGCCUCCAUGGGCAAGGAGACCGACCCCAGGCUCCGUGUCAUUCUCACUUCCUUCAUCCAGCACAUCCAUGACUUUGCGCGCGAGGUCGAUCUCACCACGGAUGAGUGGAUGAUGGGUGUCAACAUGAUCAACUGGGCGGGCCAGAUGAGCAACGACCGUCGCAAUGAGGGCCAGCUCCUGUGCGACGUUAUUGGACUCGAAUCGCUUGUUGAUGAUAUCACAAACCGGGUGGCGACGAGGAACGGCCAGCCCGGCACCGCGACGGCUAUCCUCGGCCCCUUCUGGCGCGCCGACACUCCCGUUCGCAGCAACGGCAGCACGAUCGUGCUCAAGGUCCCAGAGGACGGUCAAGUUGCGUGGAUGUACGGUCAAGUAACAUGCUCCAACACCGGAAAGCCGUUGGCCAACGCGUCGGUUGAUGUCUGGCAAGCCUCAACAAAUGGUUUGUACGAGCAACAAGAUGCCGAUCAGCCUGAACACAACCUGCGUGGUGUGUUCAAGACUGACUCGGAGGGCCGCUAUGGCUUCUACUGCCUGCGACCCACCCCCUAUCCCGUCCGCUCAGAAAGCUUCCAGUCUGUCACGACACAAAUCUUUGACGAGGACUCUAAGUACCUCGAGGAUGACUCUGUUUUCGCAGUGAAGGAUGGCCUCACCGUGAGAUUCUUGGAAAGGAAAGGCGAUGCCAAGGCUCCCUGGGAGCUUGAGUACAAUAUCAAGUUGGUCCCCAAGUAA